UAUCUGUAGCAUAAUGACGGCCUGCAAGUUACAUGCAAGCGGAUAAGUUUCAAAUAAUAUUAUUUGUGGUUUACUUGUGUUGUGAGUGGUUGAACUAUAAAGCUCAUUAUCUCGAAAUUAGGUUUACGCAAUUGGUUCGGUUUAGUUGAACCCCGACGUAAUAAUGGUAAAUUAUCAAUGAACACUUUCAGGUGAUAACUUGAAAAACUUCCCAGUUAGGACGUCACGCCAAAACGAAAACAAGAAGAUCGAAAGGAGCUUGAAAUGGGUCAAAUUCUUAUAAACAAAACGAUGAGUUAUGCAUAAGAACGAGAUAAACAACGCCUUUCGGAAAUCUUCAGAUCUUGCAAUAAAACUUGUCUCUUGUUUCGAAUCUCCGUCUGUACCGCCUCGCUAAUCUCAGUGCAAUAAAGCUCAAUCUACCCCCGCUAAACCGUCGUCCCAUCGAGAUGAUACAAACUUUGGGGUCGAUCAUCUUCCUCUUUCCAUCUUCCGACCAGUUUAGCAGAAGAAACAAGUUUUUUCAUACCUACAUGAUCGCCGCCGCCGUCUUAAUUGUGGCGAAUAUCCAAAACAACUCACGUCACAUCAUUGCAGAGCGCGUUUAGCCGUAUGGCAAAUCACUCGAUCGCGGAUGCUCGGUUUUGUCAAACGCACGCUAACUGGUGUAAGGCGUAGCAGCUCUUAGGAAAGUUUGUUAUUAGCUCGAUGCGUAUUACCGAUUUCAAACGCGCCCGCGCAUCGUAACAAGACUCAUUAUGACACAGGUGACUGAAUCAAGGGUCAGCUGGGUCAAGAAACUGGUGUCAAACGUCACAAUCGAACCGGUAGUGAUAUUUUUCAUAUUUGGAGUUGUGAUCUCAACGGGGCUGAGAAUCUUCGAACUCGAAAAGGCAUGUGCAACCAAGUUGGAUGUCGAGCUGAAGGUGUGCGAGUUCUUCCCUCAGCUAGAGGACAGCAACGUCUGUGAGGAGUUGUCCAUUGAGAGUUUGAAUCAAUCAUCUGAGGCGGUGGAAACCAACAUCGCUUACAACGUGCAAAAUGAUACGGGUCAGGUGGAAUUUAACCGUAUGGUUUGUUCUGCAAAAGCGAAAGCGGUUAGCGAGGUGACGUUUUUAAACUCAUACAGAAGCAUUAUAACUGGGUUGGUGCAAGCCAUUGUGUUGCUGUUUGCUGGGAGCUGGAGCGAUCGAGCUGGCCUAAGAAAGCCAUGCAUUCUAAUUCCGAUUGCGGCAGAUACUUUCAGUUUGUGCGUACUCAUCAUAUCGGCGACCUUCAUGCGCGAAAUAUCACUAGAGGUAACAGGUAUUCUCCCUCAGCUCAUCAACUCACUCGGCGGUGGGACCCCGCUGGUAGUGACGGGAAUCUAUAGCUACCUUACAAUCGUAACCACCGAAUCGGAGCGAACAUUUCGAUUUGCCUGUGCGGCCGUCGUAAUUGCCAUUGUCCCAAUUUUGGCGAGCUUCUUCAGUGGCUACAUAUUCAAAGCACUUGGAUUCAUUAAUUUGUGCCUGCUGUGCAUAGCAACGAACUCAAUUGGGCUACUCUAUGGACUGUUCGUGCUCAAGGAGCCCACCAAGGUGGAACCGGCUACUGAUGCUGAUGCUGCUCACAAAUCAGGCAAUGAGCCCGAUUCUUCUUUGUCCGGUCAGAAAUGGUUCGAUAUUACUCUUGUGACAGAUUGUGUUAAAGUACUGACGAAGAAACGAGAUUUCAACAUGCGUACCAUACUAAUCCUCACAUUGGUAGUAUUUUUCAUAAACUUCGGAGCAGCGGGUGAUUUGGAAUCGGCUCUGAACAUUGCUAUUCUUAAGUUCAACUGGAUUUCCAAUCUGGGCACAUGGGUGGCGUAUGAUUUGCUGACCACGCUGCUGGGAACACUGCUGGCGAUGGGAGUUCUGAGCAAACGGUUGGGCGUUUCUGACUUUCUCAUUUGCGUAUUCUCGGUUUGCUUCACGCUGGUGGCGAAACCAAUCAUGGCAUAUGCAGCAAGUGCAGCCAAACCUUAUCUGUACUAUGUUGCUACCUCAAUAGACGUUUUCGAAGGAAGUAAAACAGUGGCAAUACGUAGUAUUGUCUCCAAGUUGGUGGAACAGAAUGAAAUCGGAAAAAUGCUCUCACUUCUGGGGAUAGUUGAUUCGGCACAGGCCGUAAUAUAUCCAACGGUGUAUAGUGCAGUGUUUCUAAAAAGCCAGGACGUCUUCAUUGGUUCCGUGUUUCUACUGAGCGAAGGUUUUCUGCUCGUUUCACUUGGUUUCUACUUAGUGCUGUACGUUAUGUCCCGAAAGCUCAACAACAAAAAAGAUUUGCACAGAAACGAAGGAAUUGAUAAUGCAGCAAUGGAAAUAUCUUCUAUGUGAUUAUAAUUGAAUAGGAAUACUCUGUUUCGUUGUAUUACUGAAUAUUUUAUUCUUGACAACUAUCUAGUUCAUUUAAUAAAACAAUAAUUGUAAACUAUUUUCAGCGCAUGAAAUUCUACAUGCAUCACUAUACACUCUGUUUUCACAUGCUCCAGUAGAAUUUUAGUAGAUUUGAUUUUGAUUUGAGGGGGUGAAAAGCAAAGGGGUGUAUGUGACAAAAAUCCACUUUCGAGUAAAUGAGGCUUGAAGUUUUUCACAAAUUUUUCAACCCAUGUGAAAUUUCAAAAUUGACCGAAUUUUCUCCGAUUUAUUGUAUUUUAAAAACUGGUUGUUUUUUCGAUACACUAAGUCUAGGGUACAACUUUUUUUUAGCAAGCAUCAGAUCACGUAGCGAUCUUCAACAAAGAUGUUCCGCAUAGAAUCCCCUAUAAUAAUACUAAAAAUAAGGGUUAUUGAACGCU